GUCUGUGACAGCUCCCGCGCCGGUAUCCGCAACCCUCGCUACAUCGCGCAGCCGCCGCGGCCUCCGUCGCAGCCUGAGCCCUGUUCCUUGCCUCCGCGCCCACAUCCGGGGGCGGUCCGGUCUCUGUCGCCGCGGAGGCCGCAUCUGGCGCUCAUCUGGAACUGCCCGUCCGGCCGGCCGCGCUGGAGCCCGCGCCCAAUCUGGCCCGGCCGCGCCGGGAGCCCUGCCCGGAGCUGGAGCCUUCCCUGGAGCCGCGGGCCCGGGGCCCUGAGCUGCGCAGCCGGCGCAUGGUGAACUCGUUGCUGUUCGGGGAGAUGGCUUUGGCCUUUGGCUGUCCGCCGGGCGGCGGCGGCGGGAGCUGCCCCGGCGGGGGCGGCGGCGGGGCCGGCCCAGGGCCAUCGCCGGUGACGGCGGCGCUGCGGGAUGACCUGGGCUCUAACAUCCACCUCUUGAAGGGGCUCAACGUGCGCUUCCGCUGCUUCCUGGCCAAGGUGCACGAGCUGGAGAGGCGCAACCGGCUGCUGGAAAAGCAGCUGGAGCAACAGCAAAGCGAACGCGAGCGGCGGCUGCGCUACAAGACAUUCACCCGCGAGCAGGCCGUGCAGACCGGGCCGGAUCUGCUACGGCCACCCGCGCCGGGCAGCGGGCACGGCAUCGGCAGUGGCAGCGGCGUGGCGGCCGGCACCAACGCCAACGCCGUGGCCCUGGGCGGCCUGCCCCCCGGCGGCGGCUCUCACCCGCAGCUCUAUGGCCGCUUGCCUGGGACCAUCUGGAGCUACACGCAGGUGCGGCGCACGGGCGGCGGCGGCGUGGAGACAGUGCAGGGCCCCGGCGUGUCGUGGGUGCACCCCGACGGCGUGGGAGUGCAGAUCGACACCAUCACGCCCGAGAUCCGUGCGCUCUACAACGUGCUGGCCAAGGUGAAGCGCGAGCGCGACGAGUACAAGCGGAGAUGGGAGGAGGAGCUGGCCAAGAGCAUGAACCUGCAGACCGUGGUGGACACGCUGAAGGAGGCGGCGCAGGAGGCCGAAGCCAUCCAGGAGGAGAUGAACGAGACGAUCGAGAGGCUGAAGGCCGAGCUGGUGGUGUUUAAGGGGCUCAUGAGUGAUCCCAUGACAGACCUGGACACAAAGAUCCAAGAAAAGGCCAUGAAGGUGGACAUGGACAUCUGCCGCCGAAUCGAUAUCACGGCCAAGCUGUGCGAUGUCGCACAGCAGCGGAACUCGGAAGACGUGUCCAAGAUCUUCCAGGUGGUCCCCAAAAAGAAAGAGCGUAAGGUGACUUCGGACGAUGACAUCUCUGAGCAGGACGGGGAGGUGAACCGGUUCUCAGAUGAAGAGGUCGGCUCUGUGAACAUCACAGACGAGAUGAAGCGCAUGUUUAACCAGCUGCGGGAGACCUUUGACUUUGACGACGACUGCGACAGCCUGACGUGGGAGGAGAACGAAGACACACUGCUGCUCUGGGAGGACUUCACCAACUGCAACCCAAGUAUCGACCUGCAGGGCGAGCAAGAGGAAAACUUGGGCAACUUGAUCCAUGAGACGGAAUCCUUCUUCAAGACGAGAGACAAGGAGUACCAGGAAACGAUAGGCCAGAUCGAGCUGGAGCUGGCCACAGCCAAGAGCGACAUGAACCGACACUUGCAUGAAUACAUGGAGAUGUGCAGCAUGAAGCGUGGCCUGGACGUGCAAAUGGAGACCUGCCGCCGGCUCAUCAAAGGCUCCGCGGACAGGAAUUCCCCAUCCCCCAGCUCCGUGGCCAGCAGCGACUCAGGAAGUACAGACGAGAUCCAGGACGAGUUUGAGCGGGAGGCGGACGUGGAGCCCAUGGUCAGCUGAUGGCUGAGGCCCCCGUGCCUGGUGGUCUUGGUGAUGGGGCCUCUGCCCCUUCUCCCCACGAGGCCAGGAAGGCUCCUCGGAGUGGGGCUCCGGUCCUCACCACACGGACGUCCUCUGCCCUCCCUUCUCUGGAGGCCCCAAGGGACCGCUGCUUCCUUCCUCCCUUCCACUCACCAUCCACCCGUGCCCCUCUCCAUCCACCCACCCACGGAAUGGUGCUCUCAAUUUCUACUCUCCACGUUACCAAUGCAGACUUCUGUCCAGAUGAUGCCGUGUGAACCGUGCCUUUUCCCUUAAGCUGAGCCACUUUGAGCUCCAAAGAAUUCUUCGUAGCAGGUGUUUUUAUACAAGACUCUAAGGUGAGGGCGGGGCCCCGGUGUGGCAGAUUAUGGUUUUCUACCCUCCCACCUGCUCCUCUGAUUGGCUAUGACCUAUGCCCUCCCGUCCUCUGCUGGCCAGCACUGAUGGAGUGGGGCUUGGGCGGUCCACGUCCACCCAGGACGGAGCUGUUCGCCUCUGCGAACCUUCCACGCCUGGGUGCGGACCUCCCAAGGGUUUUUUUUCACUUACCCAAAGGGAAAAAAAGAUGGAAGGAGGGAGGGAAGACAAAUUCUUAGUUUCUUUUCGGAUAGCGUGGCACAGUGGAGGGACAAGGCACUGUGGGGGAAGGUGGAGCCUCACUGUGUUUAAACUACUAUGCAAAAAACAAAACAAACAAAAAAAGCAGCUUGCCUUAUAUAUUGUGGAAGGGAGGCCUCUCCCAGACUCAGGGUUUUCCCGUGGAGCUGGGAGGGAGGCCGCCGCCAGGGCCAUGUCUCUUGCAGCCUGUGAGGGGGUUCGGUCAAGGUCAGCAGAGGCCUGGGUCCUGCAAAGCCCUUGGCCACGGACUGUUUGCUUUCUUGGGACCUCUGUGCGGUGGGGUGGGGGCGGGUGGGGGGGGGGUCUUUUAUUGCCCUGAUGACUUGAUGUUUUCCCUCUGUUUCCAGCCGACUGUAAGGGGUUGGGGUCUGUAAUUUCUCUGUGAGAAAGCCGGAAGGGAGCCAGGCCUGCCGUCACCCCUUCCCCAGUGGAGCCGGGCCAGGCCCGCCUGCUACCAUCUUGGUUCUCCACUGUGUCUGUCCAGUCGCCCACUGUCGGGCCACUGGCAGGCACUGGGAAGGGAAGGGACGAGGAGGGAGGCAAUGAGGGCUGCUGGCAGGUUGGAGGUGGCAGGAGGCGGCGCUCAGGCGAGAACCACCCUUGUUCGACAUCUGCCAGCUUCUUUCCGUACCUAACUGGCCCGUGGGGAGUAACUGAGCCAGUCUCUCCCACGGCCCGAGUGGGCCUGCGUUGGAGAGCGCUGCGUGAGGCCACCCGCCAAGUCCCAGCUUGGAGCCAGCUGACCAGGCUUUGCUUUUUGUUUUUUUUUAAGUUUUUUGUCCCCACUCCUGUGGGUAUGUUUGGCGAGUUUUGUUUUUGUUGGCCCAGCAGCUCCCCCUGGAGGUCAAAGAGCACACUGAGCCCGAUGACCAGAGCUCCUUACCUCCGGGGCUUAUGACUCGCGGCACAAGAGGGGUUCUGGCUUCCAGUAGGUUGUGCCCCCCAGUCUUUCCUCCCCCGGGGUACCAACCACCUUGAAGGGCCUUCUUUCUCUUCUGUUUCCCUCCCUGUUUUGCAGUCUUAAAACCAUUGUACAUAAUAGUCACAUAAUAUAUAUAUAUAUAUGGAGAGAGAGAGCAAGCGUGUUAGUGACGGUGUGUUCUUUUUAUUUAUCAGAACUUGGUGGCCUUUAUGGUUUUUCCCUAAUUUUCGUUUUUGUUGGGCGAAUCGUUCUGUUCCCCGUGGCAGUGUGGCCACGUGCCCAGCGAGAGGCGUCCGUGCCCAGCGUCUCCCAUUAGCGAACAGGCCCUUGGCAGGUACUAGGGGGGCGAUGGCUUGGGAGGAGGGCGGCCCCUCCCCCUCCUCCUUACCGACCCUUGUUCUAAAGGUUACAGGGUUCAAACGUACCUGGUGAUUAUUGCCGUUAUUGUUCUUGUUGUUUUAGUUUAGCUUUAUUUUAACCAAAGGUUCUCAGAGCCAGUUGGGCUUGGACCUCAGCUGCUAAAAAGAUUUUCCGUUUCCAGGAGGGCGGGGAGAUGGCCCUGCAGGCCUCUGCCGUCCAGGGCUAAGGGAGAUGGUGCAUGGUGUGGGCAGACGGGCAGAGUGGAAGCCGGCCCUGGGUGGUUCGUCCAGGUGGUGGUGGUUGGGGGGGGAGGGGGAAGGGGACAGGCCUAUCGUUAUAAAUACGACAGUAAGGCAACAGUGUAUUUUGGGGGUAACUAAGGUGAUUGGUGUCCAGUGGUAUUAUUUCUUCUUUCCCCUUUGUAGACAUUUGUCACUGGGGACUAGAGGACUCUGAAUUUGUCCAAGGACUAUAGGAAUGGCAGGAGCCAGAGACAGACACUGGCUGAGAAGUGUCCUCCCUGCUGGGGAGCCGGGAUUUGGGGCAGGUGGACGGGGAAGGACUGCAAGGAUGUGGCCCACCUGCUUCCUGGGCAGGGUCCUGGGUCCUGGCCUGGCUGCCUCCCUCCCCACCAAGUUCUUCUCUGAGUUAGUUGCCAGUGGGCCCUGCUUGUCCCCUGCCACGAGCCCACAGCUUGCCAAGAAAGACCCCAACACUUGCCGAGGCAGCACCGGGUCCAGAGGGGACACGCUGGUCCGUCCUUUGUAAAGCUGUAAAUACUUAAUUUUGGUUUCUACUUCUAAGCCCAGUGUCAUAUUGACAUUGGUAUUUUAGAUGGUUCUCAGAUGGGUUCUCCUGUGCUGCCCGCUCUCACCCUCCUAUUUUUGGGGGUUUUAUAAAAAGAGAGGAUUGGGGAGGGGCAGGAUGGGGAAUUCCUUUUGGUUCCUUGGUUGUGGAACACACACACACACACACACACACACACACACUCCUCUGAGAGUCCGAAUAGGGGAAAAAAUUCUUGGCAAGUGAACACAUUUUGUUUUCUUGCGGCAAUAUGUCCUGAUGGGCAGGUCUCUGAAGGGCCAGUCCAUCACGCACUUAGCUCUGUGGGUGCAGCUCAGAUGAUUUAGGGAGAAGCAAACCUCUUUGAUUUGGGAUGAGGGAGAAGGAGAAGGGUAGGGGAUAACAUAAGGUAUAACUUAAGCUAAAUGUAACCUAUUUAUAAAGCAAGAGACUCUCAUCUAUUUUUAUGAAAGCAAAGGUUUUGUAAUCUAGGCUAGGCAGUUGUGGUGGCCCAGCAUUUUUCCGUGGGCACGGUGCAUGUUGCUGCUGGAUUUCAUAUAAUCGGUACCCCCACCCUGUCUCCCUGUCCUCACCGCCUACUCUCCACACCCAUGAGCCGGCUUCGGCAGAGCAUGGGCCCCACCUCACCCCAGUUCCCUUGUUCCCUGAUCACGCAGCUCCUGGGUCUUUGGAAGUCUUGGGUGGGGGAGGGCACUGUGGGAGUGGGCGGGCAGUGGAGAACUCAGCAUGGAGGUGGGUGGGUGGGGGAUGAGAGGGAGCAUGAGAUAGGGGACAUGCUCUGCUUCCAGGGUGGGCACCGAGUAGUUACUUGAACUGUGUGAAGAUCCACUUCCAAGUCCGCUGAGUUUGGGAGAGUGUGCGUGGCAAUGGGGCUGCCGGCUCCGGGACCACAUGGCUUCCCUGGGGGUGGGGUGGGGGGCGUGGGACCCUCUAGAGCUCUAGUGGGUCCCAGGUUGUUUGUUAGGCAGCUGGAGUGGGAGUGGAAAUGCCAUGAAAUGUCCACAGUCCUGGCUGUGCCCACGGCCUGGGCGGCUCCUCCAAGCACUGGCUGAGGGAUUAGGGCCUAUUCUCUCAGAAGGGAAUUUUCCGUGGGUGGAAGAUUUCCAGGCUCAGGGUGGGCCGUGUGUUAGUUUGGGGCAAAUCCCUCGGCAUUCCUGCUGCCAAGCCCUCAAAGGAAUGAGGCAGAGGCACCCCUCACCCCCAAGACCCCUUCGUGGACAUUUUAGCAUCUACGUGAUUUUUAAUCCCUUGAGGGAGACUUUCUAUCCUGCAGUCCCAUCCCACCACACUAUUGCUGUUUGUCUGCCAGCUGGGUCAAGCAUCAAGGGGAAGGGGGGUUUAUACUCACUGAAAGACUACUGAUCCUACCGGGAAACCAACCUGUUUACUGUACUGUUGUAAAUAUCAUACCCUUUAUAUCCUGUAUAUUGGCUUCUUUUAAAUAAAGUGAAAUGUCUUAGAAUUGAUG